CACUGAACCUCUUACGACCACGUGUUUCUGGUGCAGUGCUACUUCACGAUGGAACGAGCGAUGCAGAAAGAGAGACGAAAAGAAAUAUGCAGAGCUUUUCUGCAUUCGUUCAUGUCUUUAUAAUGCCCGUCCUUUCCAACCCAUUCUUCCUUUUCAGGAAUUCCAGGUCCCCAACUUAAUCCCCUCUUCAUCCAACUCUUGAAAAGAAUUGUUUCUUUCUUUUGGGAGUUUGUUCCGGAAUCAUGCUGGAAGAGGCAGAAUUGCUUGGUCAUUUCUGUGGUGUUGGUGGAAUGAAGUAGGGAAAUCAUAAAGGUAUCUCUUUGUUUCGGUUGUUGUCAUUGUUGGAUUUUAAUGCUUAUAUUUUGGAAAUGCAAGCGAGAUUGAGUAGGAAGCUAAGGAAAGGUGUGGUGCUGAUGACUUGCCAAGGAAAGAGGAGUUGGUCACGACCAAUGCUGUCAAGAAUAUAGAGAAAAAGUAAUCAGAAAGUGUCAUUCUUUUAUCUUGGUUUUGUAAGAUAUUAGAAAGGAGUGUUUUCUUGCAUUCAGUAGCUCCCGGUUAGGCAUAUGGAGUUAGAGCAUCGAUCCGAGAAACGUUAUACUUGCUAAAAUACCCUGAAGAAAUAGCAUAAUUCAAGCAAUCUUCGGUUAGCUAUAGUUGGGAAAGAUGGGUUCAUUUCCAGGACAUGUGCUUCCGGGCUCAUUGUUUCUUGCUAUCGGAGCAUGGCAUGUAUGGUGCUCGAUAGUUAGAUAUGUAUCGAAUCCUAAUUCAUUCCGUGUCAGGAUUUGGAACCCAGUUCCUGGUUUUGAUGGGAGUCUUAUGUACCUGGAGCUCUAUGUAAUUGUUCUUGGAGGCUUUAUCGAUCUGUGUGUAGAGUUCCUAUACGCAACGCAUCUCAGGAUUUUUGUUAAUGGAGUCUUGAACCCUGCCCACAUGAACAACUUUGAGCACUCUGGGAUGCUACUCAUGUUUUUCAUCUUUGGAGUCAUUACACUGCUCUCUGAGAAGACGAGCUGUCUCCCGUUGCCUGAAGGAGCAUUGUUCUUCAUUGCCUCAGCAACAUUCACUUCCGAGUACGUUCUAUUCCUUUUCCACUCGACUAGCCACAUGGGGCUGGAGGGAUACUAUCACCGUAUCCUUGUCCUCCUCGUAGGCCUCUGCAUACUGUCAGCUAUAGCCGGAGCCCUCGUGCCAACGAGCUUUCCAGUUGAUUUAUGCAUUGGAAUUGCUGUAACGCUCCAAGGCCUCUGGUUCUAUCAGACAGCAUUCACACUCUACGGCCCGAUGAUGCCAGAUGGCUGUACAGUCCAAGACAACGAUCAAAUUAAAUGUAGUUCACCAGAACAUGAAGUCCACGGUGAAUUGCUGGCCAACUUCCAGCUAUUUGCUCUGGUUUUUUCUGUUCUUGCUUCUGUGGCUGCCAUAUACAUCUGUGCAGAGCCCCGAUUCAGCCAUCCCGGUCUUGUCAACUCGCGGGCCACCGGGAAUGCUUGAGCAGACAUCAAAGGUUGUUGCACGGAUUUCUGUUUCACUGUUUGUGAGGUUUUUUGACACUUCUGAGAGGGAUUUAGAGUUUUAAACCUUAUGUUACCGAGUACUUGCACGAGUAGUAGUUAUGAGGGAGUUUCAUUACUUUUGUAUACCUUUUUACAAUCACCAAUCUUGGAGUAUAAAUGGUAAAACU